AUGCAAAAUGAACAGCAUGAGCUUAAUGAAACCAAUAACUCUGUUUUAUUUGUUAAUAACCAAUUUCCAAAUCCGUAUGACGCUUUGGUUGAGCAUGAUAGCGUAGCUUCUAAUUCUGCUUCAUCGACUUUCUUUGAUAAUGGCUACAUUGAUUAUAUUGAAAAUGAAAAGCCUGGCGUAGAGUACAUAUAUAACCCUGAAUCGUUUAACAGUAAAAGUUUCAAUAACCAAACAUGUUCUAAUACGCAGACAUAUGAAAUAGUGAAUAAUGUUGUUAUUGAAGACAUAUUUCCGCUUGAAACAGAACAACUCAGUCCAAGUUCUCACUCGGUUCAAGUUCUACCUCUUCGUCUUACUCCAUCACUUAUCUACAAUUCUGAAAAUGCCUCUAAUAGUUUUGAACCAUCUCAAUCGUACCUCUGUACAAGUAAUGAUAAAUCGGAUGACGAUUUGGCCGUUCCUUUGAUACAAGAAAAACUAACAGCUCAUGAAACUAUACCUCCUAACUUACCUACCUACCUAACCCCAACUGCCUGUCCUGAAUUAAUAAAUAAAUUAGUCGAUUACAGUGAUACUGAUUCAGAAUCGGAAGAACCGGUUAUAAAAUAG